UAAAAAAUGUACAGUUUGGCAAUGCUGCGUGAAGUGCAAUAGCAACUUUGACAGUUUGAGUACUUCACGUGUGAAGUGCAAUAGGCGCGACCCGACCCGGAUAUAUGAGCAUAAUAUUUAUUAUUCAGCUUUCAGAAAUGAUAAAAGAGAAAUCUCUUCGAAUCGGUUUCAUAGGUUGUGGAAAGAUGGCUCAAGCUUUAGCUAAAGGAUUUAUUGCAUCUGGAAUCACUAGAUCAGAAAAUAUUAUUGGAAGUUCUCCUCGAAUAGAUUCCACAUUCAUAGAGGAAUUUGCUGCCAUUGGAUGCUCUACCACACAUGAAAAUGCCCAGGUGGUUGAGCAGGCUGAAGUGGUUAUUGUUGCUACAAAACCUCCAUUGGUCCCAAAGGUUCUCACAGAAAUCAAUCCGGUGGUUAAUAGUAACAACCUCAUUAUAUCCAUUGCUAUGGGCAUUCCUCUAAUCAAUCUAGAACAGAUGCUACCAAGAAAAACUAGGGUCAUUCGGAUAAUGCCAAAUACGCCGGUUUUGGUUCGUUCUGGGGCAAGCGUGUUUAGCUGUGGAACAGCUACGAGAAGUGGUGACGCUACAUUGACCAAGAAAUUAUUCACAGCCGUAGGUCUCUGUGAAGAAGUUCCGGAAGUGUUAAUUGAUGCUUGUACUGGCCUAUCUGGUUCAGGUCCAGCCUAUAUGUACAUAGCUAUGGAAGCUUUGGCUGACGGUGGAGUUAAAAUGGGAAUUCCAAGAGAACUAGCCUACAAACUGUCCGCUCAAACUCUGGUUGGUGCGGCCAAAAUGGUCCUUGAAACUGGUCGUCAUCCCGGGGCAUUGAAAGAUGACGUGUGUAGUCCUGCUGGCUCCACUAUUCAGGCUGUUUAUUUUCUUGAAAAAUCUGGAUUUCGUUCAAGUUUGAUGGAAGCAGUUGAAGCGGCAACGCUGAAAUCAAAACAAACGGGAAGAAAGGAAUAAGUAAAUCAUAUCUGGUUGUUGAUAUUGAAUAAAAUUUGCAACCCUAAAAAA